AUGGCGCGUAAUAAACCUAAUCAAAUAAUUAGCGAUUUUAUUGAAAUGUAUCGAUCGGAACCUUGUCUUUGGCAAGUAAAGAGUCAUGAUUAUCAUGACCGUAUGAAAAAAGAUAAUGCAUAUACCAAAUUAGCAAAAAAAUUGGACGAAAUUGAACCUGGUGCUACGAAGAAAUCUGUUAUUAAUAAAGUGAACAGUUUGAGAUCUGCUUUUCGCAAAGAGAAAAAGAAAGUUGAAGCGUCAAAGAAGUCUGGAUCAUCAGCGGAUAGCAUUUACAAGCCGGCACUCUGGUAUUACGACUUGUUUGAUUUCUUGCAAGACCAAGACACUCCGAAGACAUCAAUUUCAAAUCUGGACAGUGAAGGUGAGGAGGAAUCCAUCGAUAAUUCACUACCAGUUGAAGAAAUUAUGAAUGCUGAUGUUGAAGACUCUAUAUCAAAAACUGCAGAUAUUCAAGACGUAUCAACAAUACAAACAAAACUACCAAUAAUUUCAAGACCUGGUACUGGUAAAAGAAAGAAGAUAAAUGAUGACCUAACAGCAGAAGUACUGACUACUGUGCGUGACCAUUUCAAAACACCCCCGGAACAAUUUGAUCGUUAUGAUCUGUUAGGCAAAAGUAUUGCCGUAAAGUUGAGAGGUCUUGAAAAACGGCAAGCCCUCAUGGCGGAGAAAAAGAUAGGUGACAUACUGUUUUAG